UCUCUGCCCCCCAGGUGUUUGUAGCUCCGCCCCAUAUUUGGGAUGGUCAUGACCACCAGAGCGCAGGCCAAGAUAGCCACGGAGGAGAAGUUAAACAGCAUGGAGUCCAGAACCAUGGCGCUCAGAGAAGACACUUACAGUUGCCUCUAUCAUAUCCAGAGUGACCUCAACAAUGUGCUUAUUCGCAAAUAUAACUGUGAGAUGGAACUGAAAGGGCCGAGACUUGCGGCGCCCCCGUCUGGGCCAGAAGAGUUGGUCUAUGAGAAGAAGCUGCCCGGAGGCCUCCGCCUGAGCGUCUGGAAGGGCAACCUCACCGGGCAAGUCGUAGACGCGGUGGUCAAUGCGGCUAAUGAGGAUCUCAUGCAUAUUGGGGGCUUGGCCCUCGCUUUGGCGAAAGCCGGGGGGGCAGUUAUACAAGACGAGAGCAGGAAUCACAUAGCAAAACACGGGAAAGUGAAAGCGGGAUCCAUCGCUGUGACAUCAGCAGGAAAUCUGCCCUGUAAGGUGCUAAUUCACGCCGUGGGGCCGGAGUGGACUCAGGGUAGGAGUGCGCAGUGUGAGUUGGAGUUGGAGCGAGUGAUCAGGAGCAUCCUUGGGUAUGUGAGGGGGGAGAGCAGUAUCCGCACCGUGGCCAUUCCGGCCAUCAGCUCCGGCAUAUUCGGCUUUCCCCUGCACCGCUGCGCAGAGAUCAUCGCCGGCACCACCAAGAAGUUCUGCGACACAGAGUCGUAUCACAAAAUGGCAGAGAUCAGGUUUGUUAACAUCGAUACCCCAACGGUCACCGCAAUGAAGGCAGCCUGCGAGGGUGCGUUUGGAAUGAGCGAUCAGAUAGACAAACUGCAGGGCUCUGCGCCAGAUUCAUCCCAGAGACUCUCUGCCAAUCAGAGUCCAUCCUACUCCCACAAUGCAACAGGCUCAGGUCUUUCCUAUGCAGCAGUAACGGCCCAUUCCAGUCCUUCCUAUCCAGGUGCCGCUUCCUCCUCUGGAUCAUCAGGUUCUGCCAACCCAAGGGCGCACUCCUCAGGCUCCCAACCCGCAUUUACCAUCUAUGGGCUGAAGCUUUACUUAAUGAAAGGCUGCAUUGAGGAUCAGAUAACCUGCGUCAUCGUGAAUUCCCUCGGUGCCAACCGGAAUCCUUACGAGGGGAACAUCUCAAAAGCAAUCCUGAGCAGGGCAGGGGAUGGUCUGAGGCAAGAAUUGUUCUACAAGGGGCAAUAUCUUACUGCAAGAGACAUAAUGAUACCUACGCACGGAUACAAUCUCCCUUGCAACUUUGUGUACCAUGUUAUAUUGCAGCGCAAUGACCCAAAGAAGCAAAUCCUGAUGGAGGCCAUGAAUGCCUGUCUGUAUACGGCACACAAAUAUAACGCUCCUUCCAUCUCAUUUCCGGCUUUGGGGACCGGAAUGUUGUGUUUCCCAAAACCCAUGGUGGCAGAAGUGAUGACUGAAGAGGUUCUGACAUUUGCAACACAAAAACCCUGCAAUAUGGACGUCUUCUUUGUGAUUCAUCCCAGUGAUUGGGAAACUUACAAUGAGUUCCAGAGCGCAUUCCAAGCCCAACAGCAGCUCAGAACCCCGGCGCCUCAAGAGGAACGGAAAGGGCCCCAAGGCAUGGCUGCUGCGGCAGAAGAAAUGUCACUGACGCUGAGUGGCCCCAGACAUGAGGAUACUGAGGAUGCGAUGCUCUGGCUGCAGAACAUUACCAAGGCCCCUGGGUCCGUUCUUAUACAGAACAAGCACAUUUUGCUUUUUGGCAAGAAGGAGCACAGAGCCUUGGGCUCCCCCCAGUUCUCUCGGGUUGAGAUCUCGGAGGUUCUGGGGGACGGGAAGGCCUCGCUGGAGAUUAAGGGCUCCCAGAAGGAUGUAGUGAGGGCGGCGGUGCAGGUGGAGCUGAUGCUGCUGGAUGCGCAGGAGGAACAGGCGGAGAACCUGCAGGAGGAGCUGUUUCAGUCGGCGGUGCAGUGGAUGUACGAUGUAUAUAAAUACCCAGCUAGAGAAAACAGGAGGAUAGAGACGGCCUAUGUGUCCGGCAAGAACCACACGCUGGACGUCGGCACAGUCUCACACUCCAUUGAUUUUAAGGCCUUUAGAGUAAAGGCUCCAAAGCAAGAGUUUAAGCUGCACAGAGAGUGGCUUUUACCUCAAAAACUUGACUAUUCCCAGUCCAAUUCAAAGUUUCACUGGUCGGGUGAGCGGCUGGUAGAACUCAAACUGGUGGAGAAGAAGUGGGACAAGUUCAGCCAUUAUGAGAAAGAAUUCAAAAAAGCCAAACUGGAAAUAGUGAAGGUUGAACAAAUCUUCAACCACGUCCUGUUUGCUGUUUUCAACUCUAAGAAAGACUCCAUUGGUGACAAAGUGACAGAGCUGUACCAGCGGGUACCGGGGCAGUUCCGGAACCUGAUCUGUAGCGUGGGAUUCCAUAGGCUCUACACAGGCGCAAAAGAUCCGAAACAAGGGCCCGGCCUCGGCUUUAAUAAGCAGCUGGAUAGGGCCCUACAGGCUGGACAAGAAAGCCCGGAAGGUUUGGUCUAUGUUUUCCUAGCAGAUGUUGUGGUUGGAAAAACUAAAGAAGCAAAGAAUUUGCCUUUUAUUCCCCUCAAUGGGGGUGAUAUUUUCAGUGCCUUUAACAGCCUCGUUGACUCCAAUCUCAACCCCCAAAGCUACGUCAUUUUUGACCCCUACCAAGCCUAUCCGAAAUAUCUGUUCACCUGUAAGAGAAAUGGCAGCAGCGUUUAACUGUUUCAUAGAAUUGUCAAGCAGAAGGGUUGUCAAUGUAAUACCCCGGGGGGGGGGGGUUAUUGUAAAUGUAAUACCCCAGCUAGAUCAUUCUUCAAGGGCACAUACACCCACCCAAACAGCUUCAUGUACACUGCUCUUCUGAGCACUAAUGCAAGGGACAUUGAAUUAGUAACGGCAAAUGCAAUGAGUUCUCACCGAUAAUUGUAAAGUAGCCGGCCGCAUAUAAAAUAUAUGGAUUCCUUUGUAAUCUACUUUUCUGGGCACUUGGAGAAGGACUAGAUCAGUGCAGAUCAUGCAGUGCCUUUAAUGCUCUGGGUGUGGGAAGUAUAAUCACUACAGAAUAAUGUUUGUUCCUUCCCAAUAAUUAAACACUGAGUUUUACACUGUUUUUCUGUGCCUUGUGGCCACAUGUUGGUCGGGUAGGCCCGUCACUGGUACCCAUACAGGGGUAGAUAAGUUGCCGAAUCGGUCUGAAGGACCCACACCGGCAGCUGAAAUCUGCCCGCACAUGGCUACCUUAACCUUUAGGGGGUGACCUUUUGCUGUGAAGAUAACUAGAUAAAAGGGUUAUCCCUGUGCAGUCUCCUUAUUUCCUGGGGUGUUUUAUUAGUACUGAGGUAUUUCCCUAUGAGCUUUACAUAUUUUAUGUUGGAAAUUAUAUAUCUGAAAAAUUAAUUUUAAUAAACUAUCUGAAAAUUUC